AUGGCCGACGUGAAAGAUCCCAAGAUCGCUGAAGCUUACGAGAAGAUAAGAAGUAAUAACGAUGAGACUACAUGGCUACUGUUAGACUACGAGUCCGACAAAUCAAAUACCCUAACGCUCACCAAGACGGGAACAGGAAACAUCGAAGAAUUAGCCAAAGAAUUCCAACCCCAACGUGCUUCUUUCGCGUAUGUUAAAGUGAGGUAUGAGAACGACGAACAUUCAUUCAGGGAGAAGUUUGUUCUGGUCAUUUGGAUUGGCGAGGAAGUGAAAAUCAUGAGGAGGGCCAAGGUUUCCGUCCACCUCGCAGAUGUGAAAAGUGUCCUCAGAGCAUACUCCAUCGAAGUAUCGGCCUCAACUCCAUCAGAUCUCAAACAGGACGAUGUAGUCACUCGGUUACGACGUGCAGGAGGGGCUAACUACGAUAGAUCUAAAUUUGAUUAA